UCUUAUCACAGGUUAAUUUUUCAAAAAUAUUAACAAUGAUUUAAGCAAGGAAAGGGCUACAUGUCAACAUACAACUCUUUAUUUCUAUUAAUGUCUUACUUCAUUCCUACCUGAUUGACAUGUCUAGGAAUCAGUAGCGUCGUUAGGCCUAUUUUAGGGGUGCUGAAGCCUCCCUAAAAUAUUCUUAAGCCCCCCUAAAUAAUUUGGUGGGGGUUUUGGGGUUUUUUUUAGUUUUUUUUUAACUCGGUUGGUCCCUUUCACUUUACACUGUUAAGGUAGCGUCAGUGCUUCGUUAUCCAAUCCGUUCCAGUUGUUCACAGGAGACAUCCACAUUGCUGAAAAUCCAGUCCUCGUUUUCACUGCUACUUUACACUCCGCUCGUAUACACCUGCGGACACACUAGCGUACAUGCUGCAAACAGCAAGAAAUCAUGGAUAUACGCAAGUUUUUCAAGAAAGAGUCAGGGCAGAAGCGAGUGAGAGGGGAGAGACCUCUGCUGGAGAGGGUGAGGCAGAAGGAGAGGCUGAGGGAGAAAAAGGUCAACAGGCAAGUUCAAGUCAGAGAGAGCAAGGAGAGACAGAGGAGCUGCGGCAAAUGGAUCGAGAGGCAGAGGAAGAUCAAGUUAGGAGAGCAAACAGGCCAAGAGAGGAAAAAUGAUGAAGCAGCUGCAGCAACUCAUUCUACUACAGGGUUUGAUUUAGGUGACAAAGACACAGGGCCCAGACAGGUGAAGCUGAAGAGCUAUCCACAUGAUACUUUUGGUACACAGAAGCGAGCAUUUAACCACAGCUGGUUUGAAAAGCACAGCUGGUUAGAAUAUUCAGUCAACCAGAAUGCAGCUUUCUGCUUCCCAUGUAGAGUGUUUGGCAAAAACAUCAAACAUGAUAGUUUGGUCAGUUGCAAGAACUGGAAGAAAGCUUUAGUCAUCUUUGGCAAGCAUGAGAUGGCUCAAACACAUAAGGACAGUGUUGUUACAUGGAAAAGCUACCAGGGAACUAGCAAACAGGGAAACGUUGCACAGAUGAUAGCAACUGCAAAUGUGAGUGAGAUAGUCGAAAGAAGAGAGUAUCUCAGACGAAUUGUUGCAGUCACCUCUAUGUUAGGGAGACAGGGACUCCCUUUUCGUGGCCAUGAUGAAGGUGAAGACAGCCCGAACAGAGGGGAUUUUCUUGCGUGCAUGGAGCUUUUGAAGGAGUUUGAUCCUUUUCUUCAAAAACAUAAUCCCCCAUCAAAUGCACAGUGUGUCUCACCAACAUCCCAGAAUAACAUGAUUGACUGCUGUGCCCAGGAAGUUACUAGUGUCAUUGUAUCUGAAAUGACAAAGUCUAAAGUCUAUGCCAUCAUGGCCGAUGAGGCAAGGGAUGAAAAGGCAGAGCAGUUAGCUGUUUGUGUCAGGUAUGUGUCAGAGGGGGCAGUGAAGGUUUCCUUGCACUUGCAGAGAUAAAAUCAUUUGAUGCCCAGUCCAUUACAAAUGAGAUUCAGCAGCAGAUCCAAAACAAUGGUCUUGCAGAGCUUAAGUGUGUAGCACAAACAUAUGAUGGUGCAGCCGUUAUGAAUGGCUCCACUGGAGGUGUACAAGCACAUUUUAGAAGGCUCCAUCCUGAGGCUGUCUAUGUGCAUUGUUAUGCUUAUCAACUCAACCUGGUUUUGUGCAAUACUUGCAAGGCUGUCCCAGAGGCUGUGGAGCUUUUCAGCUUGUUGGAGUGUGUGUAUUCUUUCUUCAGCACCUCCCUAGACAAUCAUCAUAAGUUCAUGGAGACUCAGGCAAAGCUUGGAUUGACAAAAACUGAGCUUGUGCAACUUUCAAACACUCACUGGGCAUGUCAGUUGCGAUCAAUCAGUGCAGUUUUUUAGACAUUGCCUGCCAUUUUGGAGUGCCUUUCUGCAAUUGGAUCCCCCAUAGCUGUCGGUCUCAGAGCAAAGCUCUACAAGUUCUCAGCAGUCUAUGCACUACUGAUGUUUCAGUCGAUUCUGUCUGUAACCGAAGGACUCCACAAAUUCCUACAAAAAGAGACUUUAGACCUGGCAGAAGCUUUUAUCUGCAAACAAGCUGUGUGUGACACACUUAAGGGCAAACACUCAGAUGCAUUUGCUACAGAGUUGUGUGAGAAAACCAAGGCCCUGUGUAACACCCACAGUAUCCCUGAACCAGGUGUCAAGACAAGGCACAAACAGAGGAAAAUGGAGGAUUUUGUCCUGGAGGCAACUGUGGGUUCACGCACUGAAUUGAACAACUCAGACACAUUGAAAAGAGAGUUACUUUUCCCUUGUGUGGAUCGGAUGGUUGGCAAGCUUGAUCAAAGAUUUUGCAGUGUAGAUGUAGGGCUGCUAAAAGGCAUCCAGGCAUGCAGUCCUAAAUCUGAGAACUUCUUGAGUGAACCACACUUGAAUUAACUUGAAAGCACUACAGAGUUGACCUGAAAAAAGAGGAGGUUCUGGUGGCCAGAAACUUUCUUACCCGGAAAACAGAGGCUGGAUGUCCACCCAAAAACAUGUUGUCUGUGUACAACCUCCUUGAUUCAGACAUGUUUCCCUCUCUGAAGGCAACCAUCCAAGUUGCCCUAACAGUGCCUGUCAGCAGCUGCUUGUGCGAAAGGUCCUUCAGUGCACUGCGUCGGCUGCACUCCUGGCUGCGUCAAACAAUGGGUCAGAAAAGAUUCACAGUCUUGCAGUCAUGUCUACUGAAAGUGGCCUAGGAUGUUUUAUAUGUCCAAAAAAGUAGGAAAACUAUUUCUCAGUCUUUGUUUUCUGUUUGUGAAAUUUUGUGCUCAUUCGCUACGUUCGUUCAUAUCGUGUGCAUCUCUUGGGGGCUAAGCCCCCCCCUGUCCUUAAAACCUAGUGACGCCCCUGCUAGGAAUUGUGAGUGAUUGGCUCACUGUAGGGGUAAAAGUUGUUACCAAUCAAAUUAUGAUAUGGUAAAGUUAAAACAAAACACAACUGACUGUUUUAUAUUAUAUCUAAUAUAUGUUAUGUAAUUAUCCUUAUAAUUACAAAAUGUUUUAUGUAAGA